AUGAACCGCUACACACUUCGAUCACUGGGGACAGCCCCAUCCCGAGUCCUAGCCGCCCACCAUCGCCUUGCUGCCAAUCACUCGCAACGUCGUUUCAAGCAGACGGAGGGCGGCGCAAACGACGCCCUCGACCCGCUCAGCGAAAAAUCCGUCAAGGGCCGGACGGGCGGCGGCAAGAAGCUCGACGCAUCCUCCCCCAACGCGCCGCCCAAGCCCAAGAUCUCAAACCUCAGCAUGCCCGCCGUCGACAAGGAGGCGCAUCUGACCGAGGAGCAGAGAGCCGAGGUGGAAGAGCACAAUCGCGACUUUGACAAGAAGCACGAUCGUGCAUCCCCAGCACCAAACGACGAGGUGGACAAGGGGUUUUGGUCAGGCGAGGUUGGCCGGCAGACGGUUAGAAAGUAA